UGGGGGAUGUGGGUGGGAUGGAUUUGGGGAAUAAGGAUGGGCUGGAUUUGGGCUCCCGGUGGCAGGGCGGAUCGCGGGGCAGUGACCGUGGCGGGGCUGGCACGGAGGAUCUGGGGGGCGCGGGUGACACUUGGUGACACGGCGGGGCUGCCAGCUGCGGGGACACGGCCGAGGGCAGGACCUGAGCUGGGCAGGGGACACCCGGCGGUUUUUUUUUUUUUUUUCCCGGGAUUUUUUUUUUUCCCGGCUCGUCGCCCAGCGGGCCCUUCCCCGUUCCCGGGUGGGACAGCGGGGUGGCAGCCGGGGACGGGGACAGGCCACGCGCCCCCGGUGGCUUCCGGAGAACGGCGGGUGUCGCCACGGGGGCGAGGGCUCGGGGACAAGGAGAUGGCAGAGGGGACAUCCCGGGGACACCCCGGUGCCUGUCACAGGGCAGGGGACAUCUCAAGGACACCCCGGUGCCUGUCACAGGGCAGGGGACAUCCCGGGGAGGUCCUGGCACCCCGACAUAGGACAGGGGACAUCCUGGGGACACCCCGGUGCCUGGAACAGGGCAGGGGACAUCCCGGGGAGGUCCUGGCACCCCGACAGAGGACAGGGGACAUCCUGGGGACACCCCGGGGGAGCUCCGGGCCCUUUUCCCUGGCAAGGUCGGAAAGGUUCGGAGAUGUUGAGGGUCAGGACGGAGCUCCCUGUCCUCCCCUCUUAGCACCAGAAGAGUUUUUUUUUUUUUGUUUUUUGUUUUUUUUAAUGCCUUCCUGGGGGCCUCGGCUUUUGGGACCACCGAGCCCUCCCCUCCCGGCCAGCCGGGCUCGCCCCCAGCCCGGGGGACACGCGGGUGGCGCUGGGGACACCGCCGAGGGGGGCGGGGUCCCGGCAGCGCCCCCUCCCCCGGGCAUCGUCCCCGCGGCCACCACCAGCCCUGGGACCCCCAAAAGUGGGGACACGACCCCCGGGGACCUCCCUGCUGUGUGCCUGGAAGACUCGGUGUGUCCCAAAACGCAAGUUUGGUUUUUUUUUUUUUUUUUUCUUUUUUUUUUUUUUUGUUUGUUUUUUGUUUUUUGUGUGUGUGUGUGUGUGUUUUUGUGAUUUCUCUGAAUCUUUACAAAUCCAGAGCGCCCGAAAGGAGCUGUUUCGGGGUGGGGGGGGGUGGGAUUUUAGGGGGUUGUUGUGGUGUGUUUAAAAAGACUUUUUCACAUUCAUUCAGUCGCUUAAAAACUCCCGCGAGCCACGGGCGUCUCCUCCAGUCCAGAGAUAGGAAUUUUUUUUUAGGAAAAUCCUAACAAAAACCAGGUGGCUAUAGCUCUGGAGAUAUAGAUAUAUAGAUAUUCUCUCUUUCCAAAUAUAGAGCUGCUUAAAAAGAUGCAAAACGAGGGAUGAGCAGGAUUUUGGG